CACAAAUUAACUAUACAAAUUGUUCAACACCAAUCUAGAAAACUCAAGAAAAUUGAAGUCAAUCACAAAUUAUCCAUAAAUACAUGAUUAAUUGAAAGCUUCUUCCGUUCAAUUAAGUUAACGCACUCUCCACUCGAUAAUAUCAACUUCAUUCUACACAAUUAGAAAGAAAAAAUUAGACAUGUCUCCACAAACAUAAAUAAGAUUAGUUGUUUAGAAUAUUAAAUAUACAGAGAAAAUUAAUUAUAUGUGUGUGGGCGGGUACCCAUGGGUCGGGUUUACCUAAACCCAAACCCGACCCAAAACCCGUCAACACGAAUUUUACCCCCAUUGACCGGGUUGGGUCGGGUGGAUACACAUGGGUUCGGGUUUUGUUGCCAUCCCUAAUCUUUACAUCUCAUCGUUUAAUAGGUUGUCCAUCUAGUAAUGAUAAAAGUACUAUGUUAUCGACAUUACUAAAAGAUCCUUUCAUCACAUUUUGACUAUUUUUUUUAUGAAACAAUUCGAUUAAUGAAUGUUUGUGUUAUAAAAGAAAACUUGUUGGGGACAUUUUUUCUCUGAGUGUUCCCGGAUUCAAAUAGUUCUGGAAACAUUUUUCAGAAAAAUAACUCGUUUUUGAGUUAUUCGUAAAUAACCAAUUAACUCAUUACACUUUUCGGAAGUCAAAACGAGUUAUUUCUGUUUGAGUUAUUUGAGCCAAAAUAACCCAUGUAAAUCAUCAAUCCAAACGACCCCUUAACUUUGUCCACAACGAGCUAAAUAAGAAGGAAAAUAUCUCUUGUCACGUUAGGUGACAGAACACCUAGUACUGGUUCAUUCACGCCAUUUUAUGCUCACUCACGCCAUUUUGUGCUCAUUCACGUAAUACUCUGGUGAUUUACGUAAAAGUGUAAGUUUUUCACGUAAAUAAAAAUUCAUACUUUUUCCAUGAUAAUUUGUAUUGCCUAUAUUUUAUGGAAUUAAAUUUGGAUUAUCAUUUAAUAUGUAUAAAUAUGUUGCAUUGAUAAUAAUAUAUAGAAUGACAUUCAUUUUGAUAUAUUUCAAAGUUUAAAAUUUUAUUUUACAACAACAUGAAUAAUUAACAAUAUGCAUGAAUAAAUAUUAAUGAGCAUGACCUAACUGUAUUAAUUGUGUGAAUAAUUAACACAUUUACGUGAAUAACACAUGACGAGAAUAAUCCAAAAUUAGUUGCUUUGUCAAGUGACAACACACUUCACUCAAAUAAGAAUCCACAGCGAGUUAUAGAUCAAACAUCAAUGGGUCACCGGGGCGGGAGCGACAGCGACGAAGACGACACCUUCUACUACCGUUAUUCCUCCGUCUCCGCCGCAGGCCCGCCAUCAUCCUCCUCAUCCUCAAUAGUCGCUGCUAAUCGGAACCCUAAAUCCCGCGGUUCAGGCGGAUUAGCCCCGUCGAAGUCGACCCUCUACGUCUCCAACCUCGAUUUCGCCCUCACGAACUCCGACCUCCACACCCUCUUCUCCACCUUCGGCAAGAUCGCCCGCGUCACCGUCCUCAAGGACCGCGCCACCCGCCAGUCUCGCGGCGUCGCCUUCGUCCAGUUCGUCUCCCGCGACGAUGCCGCCUCCGCCGCGCGCCAGAUGGACAAGAAGAUCCUUAACGGCAGAACCCUAUCGGCGUCGAUUGCCAACGACAACGGCCGAGCGACGGAGUUCAUUAAGAAAAGGGUGUAUCAGGACAAGAGCAAGUGUUACGAGUGUGGGGAGGGCGGUCAUUUGUCGUACGAGUGCCCGAAGAAUCAGCUCGGGCCGAGGGAUAGGCCGCCGGCGCCGAAGCGGGGGCGGAGAGAAGGCGCCGUCCGCGGUGGUGUUGUUGCUGGGAGGAGGGACGAGGAGGCGACGGACGAUGAGGAAGUAGGAGGAGGGAAUUGGGGAGAUGGGCAGGCGUUUGAAGAGGAGAAUUGGGCUUCCGCGGUGGAUGGCAGGGCAGAGGAGAGACUGUUGUUAGCUGAUGAAGAAGGAAAGGGUUCGGAGAAGAAGAAAGUGAAGAAGGCCAGUUAUUUUAGCGAUGAGAGUGACCAGGAAGAUUGAUUCUUGGGCUAUGUACUUGCAGUGAUUAUAAAUUCCUAAUGCUCAU